UAGCAGCCGAUGCCUCCGGGGAGCCGUGGCUGGGGGUUGUUCUGGCCCCCGUUGCCCUCCUUUUCCGGGGACUCUCCCUGGCGGCCGCAGCGGGGUAGGCUAGGCUAGGCUGGAGCAUCACUCUGCCACCGACCCGGUAAUUUACGCGUUUUCCGCCACACGCCUCGCAGUCACUCAGGGAGGGCGAGGGGGAGGGCCUGUCCAAGAUCUAGCCUCCUCUAGGCCAGAAGACCCAGCCCCGUCACCAGGCCAAAGAACUCCGCGGGAGGGGGCGUCGCGAGACCGGGCGCAUCACGUGCUGCGAACUUGCGGCUCGCCUCGUCCUCCUCCUUUCCCUCCUCCUCUUUCUCCUCCUCCUCCCUGCUCUCCCAUCCCCUCUCUCGCCUCGCGCUGGAGCGCUGACCUAAUGGCCCCGCCCACUGAAGUGACGUCGAAAGCCUCGCCCCUUUUUUCCUCUUCUCCAGCUAAACAGCUAUUGACCCAGGAGGUGAGAAUCGCUGCUGACCGUUGAGGCUGCGCUUGAGCCUCGUCUCCUCGUCGCCUCCCCUUUCUCGGGGGCUGUUGCAGGGACUCGGCCAGCCCGGUUCCAGAAGCCUUUGGUUUCUUUAGUGCUGGUUUGGAGAAGCUUAAUCCUGCCUUGAGGUUCCCCCAGAAAACUUUGAAUAAGGUUAACAGAGAUGUCCAAUGAUCCUCCCCCUCCCUAUCCUGGGGACUCCUCAGCUCCCCUCUUGGAGGAGAAGACUGGAGGCCCACCUGGUGCAGGCAGAGCCUCACCAGCUAUGGUACAACCCCCUGGCAUUCCCGUACCCCCACCAGAUAUUGGGCCUCCUCCCUAUGAACCACCACUUCAUGCAGGCCCUCAGCCAGGCUUCAUUCCUUCCCACUUGAAUACAGAUGGUACUUAUGUGCCCCCAGGCUUUUAUCCACCUCCUGGCCCCCAUCCUCCCAUGGGCUACUACCCUGCAGGUCCUUAUCCAGGGCCUGGGGGCCACACAGCCACUGUCCUUGUUCCCUCCGGGGCUGCUACCACAGUGACUGUGCUGCAGGGAGAAAUCUUCGAGGGUGCCCCUGUGCAGACCGUGUGUCCUCAUUGCCAGCAAUCUAUCACUACCAAGAUCUCCUACGAGAUUGGCUUGAUGAAUUUUGUCCUAGGCUUCUUCUGCUGCUUCAUAGGAUGUGACCUGGGCUGCUGCUUGAUCCCCUGCCUGAUUGAUGACUUCAAAGAUGUGACACACAGCUGUCCCAACUGCAAAGCCUACAUCUACACGUAUAAGCGCCUGUGCUAACGGAAACCACCCGGGAGCUGGGACCCGGGAUUACCAUCUCUCCUUUUUGCUUGUCAGUCCUAUACCCUGUGCUUUGUUUUCCUGCUCGGCAGUAGCUUCUCCCUUUUUCCUCCUUAGGUUGGAAGCAGGGAACUCCUGCCCUCUGUGGUCUGUCCAGCCCAGGGAUAUUUGUAUCUCUUCUGAUUUAGGGUUUGGCAGAUUGAAAGUUUAGUGUCAGUGGGGUGGGGGGUGGGAAGUGACAAGCAUGUUAUUUUGGAUAUUGAUAUUUUACUUAGUAUAUGUAAUGAGGAUUUCAAGAGUGAACUAACUGUCCCCUAAUAGAGGACUCCCCAUUGAAAGUUUCCAGAUCUCACCUUUGUUAUUAUUAGGUAUUAAUUCUUUCACAUUUCCUUUCUUGGGAAUCAGAGAAAACCUGCAUCCUGAAACAGUAGUUUGUUUCAUGGGGCCUCUGGGAUGGAAAUUCCUCUUCCUACUAACCUAUCUAUCCAUUUGCCUUCUACAGUGAUAAUUACCUUCUAUUAUCAGUCAGUUUGCCCUGAUGCUAUUGCAUGUCUGUUCUGAUACUUUUCCACAUGACAGAAUAGUGCAAGGUGGAGUUCAUGACUGCAACUAGCCAGACAUGGGAUGUUGAGCGUGGUGGUAUUAAAAGGUAAAAGGGAGCCCUUGCUUAAAGAGUAGAGAAAUUGGGGGGAAAGGUGGUCAUUAAUAGCCACUGAAAACACACAGGAAAAGAAGUGGGUUUAAAGGGCCAUCCUUUGUUUCUAAUUAUACCAGAGAACUCCAAGUUCCUAAAAGAUAGAUUAAAGCAGCUAGGAUCAUGCAAAUUCUGGUAGGAGCUACAUGCAUCAUAAAGGACUGGACUUCUAUAUAAUAGAAAGAGAGUUGAAAUCACUGGCACUAGAAAUUCUCAGGUAUCACAACUUAAAACAUGUAGAAGUUCUGCUAGGACUAAGUGCUGAUUAGUAAAGAGAGUGAGCAUUGAGACUUAGACCUCGGAGAGCUCUGCACAAGCAUGACAUCAUUUUGGUACAGGGUUGGGUGCCAAUUUAGAAAAUGUAACAAGCAAAAUUGAUUAUGUCCCAACUUUUAACAGAUACUACUGGCUCAUUUCCAUACUCCCCCCUUUGCACAGACCCAACAUUGUACUCACAGAGCCUUGCUAAACCCCUCCUCUCCCCCCACGAAUGAGGGUGGAGUUGAAUUGGAGGACUCAGCUUGUUCCUUUUGGACUUUUUUCCUUAUUGUACUUGGAAUUCAGCAUUUCAGCCUUUUUCUGUGUCUCAGUUGCCUGCCUGUGGUGGAAGGAGAGACUGGGAAGAGGCCAGAAUGGUCAUUGCUAUCUAAAUUGUACACUAUUCUCGUUUCCCAGACAUGGAAGUUUGUAGACUGGCCACUAGAUGGCGCAUGCACAACAGGCUUUGUGUGAAUUACUUGCAAAGAUUUUAUUUCUUUUAAACCAUGUUGGGGAACACUAUUUUUGCACUAAACCUUUUACUGUCCAUUGUGUUUGAAGCUUCGGUUGGAGAAAUCGUGUUAUUUGAUUUAGGUAGAGAAUGAAGAGGUGACAAUGGAUAAUGAGGCAGAGCUGAUGGCUGAUUGAGCCCUGUUAUUGAAUGUAAGACUUGGGAGCUGCAUCAUAAAGCAUCACUGCUGCUACUGUACCCCUUAUCUGGUUUUUUGCAAUUCAAAUGCAUGUCAUCCUAUUUAAUGUGAACCUGUUUGUUCUCAAGUCUUAUAUUAAAUUGGCUCAUCUGCCCACCUUUCCCUGUCCCUUGGGCUUCUUUUACUCUAUGUGUGUAUUUUUAUUUUGGCAUGGGAGCAGCUUUGUGUUCUGAAAUAUCCAAAAUCUGUUUGGUCUACAGCUACAGCAGGAGAUUUGGAGUUCUAGAUAACAGCCUUAAAAAAAAUAGCUUGGCCUAAGGGAUAGUCUUGGAAACAGUUUUUAUUUAAGUCCUACUUUUGACUCAGUGGAUAUAUGACUACCCUUAUCCUUUCAAUGUUGUGUCUUUCCUCACAAUUUUAGGCCAGAGACAAAGUUAUGAUGAAGCCCUUUCCCUCUGGUCUUGAGAAAAUGGUAGGAAUAUUAGUGGCAAUAUUGGAAAAGCCAGAAACUGGGGCAAGACCUGUGUUGUGUUGAUAAGAGUAUUCCCCAACUUCACCAUUUGGAGAUUCUGAAAACAAAACACUAAAGUUGGCAAGCUAAUAUAAUAGUUAAUCUCUUCUUACCCUAUAGAGAAAGCAGCAGAAAAGCUGCUGAUUUGGGUUGGUAAAAGUUCUUCACAAGGAACUCCUGAUGAAAUCAUAGGUGGAGCUCAUCCCAAGUUGUAAGCAGUCUUAUUCUGACUUCUUCAUAUGCCUGUUCUAGGAAGAGGUGGUAAUGAAUGGAAUUGUGUUACAAUUAUUGUCUUCUCAGAGCAGAAGGAAACUGAUGAGGUAAUAACAUAAGGGCAAUUUCUACACUCUGUAGUCAAAUAGUCAACUUUUUUUUUUCUUAUCCUGUGCUAAUCACUUUUUGUGCUAACUUCCAGUAUGAUGUAAGUGUUAGACUCAAAAAGAAAUGUCACUAAACUGAAUGCAGUGUUCCCUGCGGGCUGCUUAUUUACUUAGAAGACUAGAAUUUAUUGUAUUUUGUUAAAUUCCCAUUUACCUUUUAAUCUGGUCCAGCUAUGCUUGGGAAUGUGGCUGGUGUGUGACACCCUUCUGACUAGGAGAAGGGUCUAGAUUUAGAUCACCUAAGUUUAGAUCCUGCCACUUGCUAUACAAGUCAAAUAGCUUCAUCUCUCUGAAAAUUAGGAAACUGGAUUAGAUAAUCUAAAAAUCUUUUAGUUCUAAUAUUCUGUGAUCUACACUGCUGUAUGUGUAGAACAUGGGAAAUUUAUAGCAAGAGGGUCCUCUUGUGUGUGCUGAAUACCACACCUCACCCUCCCACCCCCCCCUAAAUUGUAUGGAAGUCACAAUGCUUGAGUUUUUGUACAUUGCAAAAGAAGAGACAAAGUUUGAAGUAUAAAUUUUAUUGGAUGCUUUAGCAUUUACGUUGGUUACAUGAGAAGCCUAACUCUUUGCUUCUGUGGUUCUGUCCAUAAGAGACAGUAAGGAUUGGUCUGCUGAAGGAAGUAGUCAAAAUGAAACUUCCUCAAAGUCUAGGGUAGAAGCCUGGUUCCCAAGUCCAGAAACACAGGCCAUUUUCCUCCCAGGGCUAUUUGUCCCCCUGCCUUUGGUGUGGUGGACACAAUAUAGCAGCUUUAUUCUUUUUCUCUCUCCCUCUUUCCAACCCUACAUGUUAACCAUUGUUUUGAAUGAAGCAUCUCAUUCACUGAAAGUGAUCAACACAAACCUGAGUGAUGAGAGAUGAGAGGAAAGAAGAGAACUCUUUAAGUACAAGGUAGAGCCCUUAAGGGCUCAUUCCAAGAGGCUGAGGGAAAUUGCUCCACUGCAUAGACGGUUUUGGAUUUAAGCUGUAUCACUAAGUUCUGGGUUUGCGUCUUCCUCUGAGUUUAUAUUGCUGAGGAGGAUCCAUGACUCUAAACCAUCCCCACCCCCCUUAAUAUUUGGAUUACAAAAUCAUAUUGCAGAGAGCAAUCCAUUGGGUGUUAACUUUAGUGUCUGGUUUUAUUGGUUGCUUGUUUUCUCAAACCCAGCUUUUUUUAACCAAAAAAAAAAAAAAAAAAAA